UGCUCAGUUCAACGCCGAGAAUAAAGACAGAAAAUACUACUAAAAGUUGGGACGGUGUAGAAACCCAGCAGAGGCCGUGAGUUAUAAUUAAUUCCAGAGGGUAUUUUGCGAUUUUGAAAGAGGGGGCAGCACGAAGUAAAAUCAAUAUCCUGCCGAGCCCCCCUUAGUAUACAACCCAAAGCCAAAGGGCGCGGUAAGUGAUGUCGUGCCGUUCAAGCAUUAUAGUUGUGCAUCUUUACACACAAAAUUUCGCGUAAACAUUUGUGAAAACAAAGUAUAUUUAAUGUGAUUUUAAUUUUAAAAUAACUGUGUAGUGUUUAAGUGAUUAGUUAACCUUACAUAUUACGAUGAAGUUGCAAAAAAGCGUGCGUCUUUACGCAGAUAGACACUAUGAAAAGUUGGGAAGCAUAUUUUCUGAUUUAUAUAAAGACAGUUUGUUGACAGAUUGUACAUUGUAUUGUAAAGAUGGGUCCUUAAAGGCACAUAAAGUAGUUUUGGCUGCUAGUAGCCGGUACUUUAGACAAGUUUUCAUUGAUCAUACCGACGACAAUGCUAUUUUUAUGUAUGGUAUUUCGUACAGUCAGCUUAAAAAUUUAAUAGAGUUGAUGUACAGUGGAAGUAUUGAUAUCCCUAAUGAGCAUUUUACACCAGUUUACAACCUUUGUGAAGAAUUGAAAGUUUCUGGACUUAAUGUCGAGUCUACAGAUACCAAAACAAAUGGUUCGUCAAGGCACACCCGAUUUAAAGGACAAAAACGCGUUACAGUCGAUUUUGAAAAUGCCGAGGAUGCUAAUGCUGACCCCAUAUCUAUCACUGCAUUACCCCUUACAACAUCAACACCAAAAGCCCCAGGUCCCAUUGAAUUCAUCCCUAGUUCUUCUGCAGACGACAAGGCAACUAUACAACCAAAAUUGGAAAAUGAUGCAGACCUAGCAAGUGAAAAAUAUAAAUCAGAUAAUUCUCAUAUGGACUCACCAAGUGAGCCGGAAAGUAGUGUUGGUGUUAUAACCGACGCUGAAGGAGAAGGAGGAACCCUCAGUGCUUGGGCAAGGAAGGAAAGGAAAUUUAAAUGCGAUUUAUGUGACGCUAGUUUUAAAAGAGCUUCACAUUUAAAUCGUCAUCAACUGGUUCAUACUGGCGAAAGACCGUUUGCUUGCGAGCAUUGCGAUAAGGCUUUUUCAAGACACGAUAAACUUAAACACCACAUACACAAAGCUCAUGAGUUGGGAGCUUUAAAUGAUGCUUUAGGACCUGAUUCAUUAUAUACCAUUGAUCGCGUAGAUAUUCUGACUCCAGAAGUUAUGGUAAAAUCUGAAGAAAACAGUUUUUUAACAUCUGAUUCUCAUUCAGUGAGUCCAUUUGGUGAACCAUUUGGUGAACCUAUCCAGAAAAAAAGAGGAAGGCCAAGGAAAUAUCCAAUAUCGACUCCGAGGGAAUACGUAAUAAAUCCAGUUAAAAACGCACUAAAUCCAGUUAAAAAGCGAGGAAGGCCAAGGAAACAUGAAGCACCUCCAAAACCUUUAAUAAAACGACCAAGAGGAAGACCACGGCUACAUCCAAAUGUUGCUCGCCGUCCCUAUAAUAAAAGACCCAGAGGUAGUUCAAGGAUAAAUCCCCUAGGUAUAGGAAGACCAGCUUCAUUUCCACAAUUUUUCCCAGACUCAUUUGACAGCGUUGGAUAUAUGACAACAAAGUCCCAUCAUCCCACACUCAGUGACUUAGAAUCCAGCCAAGAAAUGAUUUAUAAUUCCUCGGAAAUGGAUAAUAAUAUGGACCAAAUAAUGAUGGAACCAUUGGUGGAAAUAAAAACUGAACAAAUGGACCCCGAAAUUAAAUGUAAGGAAGAAGAUCCUCUACCACCGUCAACAUCCAGCAAUUCAUUUUUUGAAAAUAUUGGCCUAUAUGAAAACGCAACGUCAGCAAUAGCGAAAAUAGGGGAAUGUACAAUAUCUGUAGCUACAUGCUCUACAGCCGGUCCAGGCCAUUCAGGCACGACAACGACAACUGAUACUUUUAGUUUCUAAUGUUCAUAUUUUCAAGUGGAGAGUGGAUAAACGGACUCUGUGUAGAAUGGAGAAUUUUAAUUUCAUCUUUGGUUAUUUUUAGAUGGUUCGUAGAUUAUUAUCUAUAACGAUAAAGCAGCAUUAUUGUUUUGUAAUAGCUUUAGUUUAUUUUUAAUGGAUUACUUAAGUCUUGGCGUUAUGUAAUGAGGUGGACCAUAGGUGCAUUUUCAAAUUCCCCUGUAGGCAUGUAACAUAUUAUACAGUGUCACAUAGUCACAUUUAAGAUGAAGACACCCCUAUAUUUCGGAUAUCAAAAUAAAUACACAUUUGAAAUUUUGCACAGUCAUACAGGUUGAUGGUUUACAUUUUUUAAGAUAGUCAACUGAAAUUUAAAUUUUAAACGCGGGCUACUGCAAAUCUACAAACAGGGUAGAUUUUAAAUAUUUUGAUUCGCGUUAGAGAUACCGAAAAGUUAUUUGGAAAAGUUGUUCCCAAUAUUAUCAUAACCCCAAAAACCAAAUCUCACGACAAAAUUCGCACUUUUAGUUUUUUUAUUAUUUCUACGAGAUGCAUCUCCAGACAGCUAAACUUCGGUUUUAGGAUCCUGGCUACAAAAUACUGAAAAAACUAAUAAAGCGGAUUUUGUCAUGAAACUUUGUAUGUGAUGUUAUAAUAAUAUUUGGAGUUUUCCAAAUAACUUUUCCCGAUAUCUCUAAAGCUACGCAAAAUAUCUAAAAUUCACCCUGUUUGUGGAUUUGCAGCAGGCCGCGAUUAAAAUUUAAAUUUCAGUUGACUAUCUUAAAAAAGGUGAACCAUCAACCUGUAUGACUGCAAAAUUACAAAUCUGUAUUUAUUUUGAUAGCCGAAAUAUAGGGGUGUCUUCAUCUUAAAUGCGACACACUUAUAAUAUUAAUAUUACUUUAUAUUAUUACUUUAUAUUAUUUAUUGAAUGAUGAUUCUAGAGUACUUUUCGUUUAGUAGUGGCGACGAUGAAACGUAAAUCAUGAAAAGAAAGAAAAUGUGAAUCUGUUCUGUUUUUUAAGUAAUUAUAAAUAAUUAUGUUGACUCUGUUUGAUAUUACGAGAAGAGCGAGCGUAGCGAGCGAGGCGAGUAACAGACGAGUUCGAUAAAGAGUCUUUACUGACGUGGUCCAUACAUAUUUUAUCGCCAACAUAAUUUGAUAUUGGAUUUAACACUUACUUACAAUUUACAAUUGAAGAACUUUUUAAAUUUUAGACGUAAUAGUAAUGUCAUGACAGUGAUGAAAGAUAACUUUUUGAAAAUGGCCGCUUUCGAUUUUUAAUCGAUAGCAAUAUUGAAUGAUACAUCGGUAUAGUAAAAUACCGGCUUUUCGAAUAUAUAAAAAUGUUUUUUCUACGGAUAAUAUUUUUUAUAUGAAUUUAAUUACAAAAUACUACAGAAUUUCACUUUUUGACAUAAAUUUAAUUGAUAAUAUCACAAAUUUUGUACAAUAUAAUAAAUAAAGGAAAUAAAUGUUAAGUUCAUUCAAAUAAAUAAUCGAUUACUGCCAUCGACCACUUUACAUUCAAUCUGGGUUAAUUUGAUUAAUCGCGGCAGGUAAAGUAAAAUUUUUCUUUCAGUACAAUAAAGUGUUAGUUUACUGCCGCAAAUGAGGGCAAAUGAGUACAAUAAUGAAUGACUUUAGUGACGGUUGGCGAUAAAAUAAACUAUCGUGCAUAGAAAUCGUGCCUUAAACUUUUGAUUUCAACUAUAUUUUUUUACACUAUUAAUCAGAUUUUUCAAUCAAAUUUAUGAAAAUUUAUUUCGGCUUCAUAUAUUUAAUAUAAUGAAAUUAAUCCAUCAAGCAAAUUAACUUUUUUAUUGCUAAAAGAAAAAUUGUAAUUAACAAAUAUUUAAGAAUUAGUUUUUUAAUAAUCGAUAUGACCUAUUGCAAAUAUAUCUAAUCAAGUUCACUAUUGUUUCUUGUGAGAUAUUAAGUCACUCUUCGAGUUUAAGUUAUGAAAUGUAGCUCGAAUUCUUCGUUGUACCUCACGCUAUAAAUGUAGUCGGUGUAGUCAAUAUACCUAAGGUAUCACAUCUUCUUCUUUUGGCAUCAUAAUCCUGGAUGGGUCUUUGCCUGUCUGGCUAUAUCCUUCCAUUCAGAUCUUUUUUGUGCCCUUCUUCAUUGUUCAUGGUUUUCAGGUCGUCUUCCACGUCAUCUAACCAUCUCAUUCUGGGCCUUCCAUUUUUCCUCUUCCUUUGUAAUAUUUUCUUUGUUGUUUUUGUAUCUUCUUGUCUCUGAACAUGCCCAGCCAUGACAGUCUUUCACUUUUCACAAUAUCAUACUCUUCAAUCAAUUCAGUAACCUCGUCGUUUCUCCUGAUUCUCCAUGUGCCGUGGAGAAAAUUUCCGGAAAAAACUUUGUUAGUUCUGUAAAUAAGUUCUUUUUUGUCAAUAAACUUGGGACGAUUGAUUAAUAUCUUGUCUAUACACUGCAUAGCUAAUAUAUGCUCUUCACCAGUGAGGCUUUGUCCUGUUAAAGAAGAAUCAAAUAAGUUUGCAACAUAGUGCACAGGCUUCACUGCCAUUUUUUUCUUUUUUCUAAAUUAGAUAAGCAUUCCUUUUCCUUAGACUAACUAAUUGGAAGUAAUGGAAUAUUCUCCUGGGAUAUUUUAAACAUAUUGCCUUCCAAUCAAGUAACUAAUCCACACACAACUUUAUCCAAAAUAUUUCAUCAUCCAGACAGUUCUGUUCAUUCCGUGAACAUUUUAAAUUUUAUCCCUCUAUGACCAUAAGCAUCAUUAAAGCACUUUUAGACGCAAUAAGGUUAUUUAUACAAUUAAGGAUUGAACCCCAACUAGUUUUUACAAGAAGUUUUUUUUGUUAUAACUUAAUUGUAGUUUUGAUUGUUUUUAUUUAUUUCUUUUUGAAAUAUUCCCAUGCAUUAUAUCUAUACUACAAUCAUAAUAAAGAUUGCACUAGAAAUAAAUAAACCGAGACACAUUGAAUGUUCGAGGAGCACUCCCAAAUCAUGAUUUACAAUGUUUAUACAUUGUAAUUCAUGAUUAGGCAGUACUCCUCGUAACAUUCAACGUGUUGGGUUUGUUUAUUUAUAGUACAUCUUUAUUGUGACUUUAGCAUAAGGUUUAGGCAUUUUUAGUAUAAAAAUAAUGAAGGUAAUGUUCAAAACAAUGUUCCUUUUGUACUUGGAAGUAGUAUAGGUUCGCCGGCCGUGUGAAUUAAAUAGCGCUACUUCCAUGUAAAUUCAAAUUACUUCAAUGACUCUUAUGUCCAAAAGGCUCUUGAAUAUAUUCUCAAAAAUUCUCGGAAACAUUCUCGAGAAUUUUCCAUUGAAAGUUUUCGGGAAUAUUCGCGGUCAGGGGAAUAUUUCCAUUUUUAUAUGCGAAUAUUCUCGGAAACUUUUCAAUGUUCGCGAAUAUUCGCUUGGAAAUAUUCUCGACUUACAUCACUAGCCGUAUUCCUCUUGUACCGGCCCAUAUACUUUUCUCAGUAUUUCUCUCUCGAAUGUCUUGCGUUGGGCUUCAUCUUUUUUCGUCACUACCCAGGUUUCACAACCAUAGGUUACUACGGGUCUAAUCACUGUUCUGUAGAUAAUCAUUUUGGUUCCUUUGUCUAAUAAUUUCGAUGUCAUAAAUCUUUUAUUAACAUAGUAUGUACGAUUCCCGCUGGAAAUACGUGCUAUCACAUAAAAUGCUAAAAUCUCGAUCUAUCUACGGUUGCCCCUAUGAAUGAAAAGAAGGUCAGUUCAUGCUUGUAGCACCAGCGUGGAUAACAAAGGCAAAAAAAUAAUAUGUUACUCGACAAAUUAAACAAACAAAAAUAUCUAUACUCGGUGCUACAUAACUUUUCGGAGUACCUCGGUAGCUUGAAGUCUUCAGAGAUCUAGGGGUGUGGAUUCUUAAUAGAUUUUAAAUAUAAUAGAAACUCAAAUGCUCGGGGUCGCCAUUGGAUAAAAAGAAAAUGAAAGACGAAGCUUACAUAAAACUUAAAAAAGAUAACUAAAGUAAAAAGUUAAAAAAAAAUAAAUAGUUAUCAUAAUACAAACACAUUUACAUAAAUAUAAAUAUAACAUGACUUACCAUAGUGUUCUCAGUUGAAUAUCAUUUUGGAACAAGAGAAAGGGAUCAGAUAAUAAUAUUAUCAAUCAAAAAACAUUAUUGCAAAAUGAAAUAAAUUUUAUUCUUCUUCUUCUUUCUCGAAACUCCUUAUGCCCCUCAGGGGCGUCGGAGGUUUUAUUCAUCUUCUAUCCAUAUCUGCCAUUUCUUGCGGUCCUUUGCUAACUCUUUCAUUUGUUGAAGUGUUUUUCCUUUUUCCUGUCCAAUUUCUAUAAUCUGAUCGAUCCAUCUCUUCCUUGGCCUCCCUUUCCUUCUUUUACCAUAUCUUUUUGAUUCCAUCACCUGCUUUGGUAGUCUUCCUUGAUCCAUUUUGUUAAUGUGUCCAUACCAUUUUAAUUUUCUUUUUUGGAUCUUGGUUAUUAUCGUUUCCUGUUUCAGUCUUUGUCUAAUAUCUUCAUUUCUUAUUCUGUCCAAUUUCGUUUUUCCUGCUAUUUUUCUCAGCUGCGUUUAUUGUACUGUCUAUUUUUGCAUUGUUUACGCAUGUCUCACUUGCAUAUAUUAAAGUUGGUACAGAUAUUGCAUUGUAUACCUUCAGUUUUAUUUCUUUAUCUAUUUCUUGCUUUCCAAAUAUUGUUUUAUUUAGUGCAUAGUAGAUCUUAUUUGCUUUUUUCGCCUUCCUGUUUCAGUCUUUGUCUAAUAUCUUCAUUUCUUAUUCUGUCCAAUUUCGUUUUUCCUGCUAUUUUUCUCAGCUGCGUUUAUUGUACUGUCUAUUUUUGCAUUGUUUACGCAUGUCUCACUUGCAUAUAUUAAAGUUGGUACAGAUAUUGCAUUGUAUACCUUCAGUUUUAUUUCUUUAUCUAUUUCUUGCUUUCCAAAUAUUGUUUUAUUUAGUGCAUAGUAGAUCUUAUUUGCUUUUUUCGCCCUGUAUGAGAUUUCUUGAUCUAGCUUUCCAUCCUCUGAUAUUAUUACUAACAAGUAUUAAAACGUCGAGACUGUUUCUAUUAUUUCGUUUUUGCACCUAAAUAUCGUUUGAUUUAUUUCUUCCCUUUUCUUUUGGGCUACUAUCAUGGUCUUCGUUUUGUUUACAUUUAUCUCCAUUUUCAAAUUUUCUAUUUCUUCCACCCAGAUAUUGAUUAAUUUUUGCAUUUUCUCUUUAUUGUCUGCUAUUAUUACUAGGUCAUCUGCUAUAGUAAUCCCUCCAUUCUCACUGGUACUAAAUUCCUGUACCCUAUUGUUGACUGUAAUUGCCUUUACUUUCUUUUAGCGCUCUUCAUUACUCUAUCCAUUACUAAUAUAAACAAAACUGGGCUGAGACUGUCCCCUGGUUUUAUUCCUCUCCUUAGGUUUAUUAUUGGCGAUCUGUUUCCGUUUAUUUGUACUUUAGCAAGUACGUUUCUAUAUGUACUUUUUACCAUGCUUACUAUCUUUUGCGGGAUUUGCAGGUUUUCCAUUACUGACCAUAUUAAUUUAUUUUAACCAUCUCUAUUUAAAAACAGAAAUAAAUUUUAUUAAAAUUAAAAAUAAAAAAAGGAAAGGUUGGAUCUCUGUAGACAAUAUAGGAGAUUCUGAUACAAAAACGAUAAAAAGGUUUACAAACAAUACCUUGUCAUAUAGUCCUGUCCUCAUUCUUCACGUUGUGAAUGUCCGAAGUACGCACUUUUCUCUGAAUUUAGAUACAUAGUAGUACAAAACUGUUUAUUUCCAUGAAAAGUUUCAGCAAAUCUAAAUAAACUUUCAAACUACUCUGCUCAUAUUGAUUUUUAAAUAACUUUUGAGGUAUUUAGGAUUAUCUUUAGCACUUAAUCCAUAACUGCUUACAAAAAGAAACUUAGGUAGUAUAGCAUACACUAAAAUAAACUGGCUCUUUGCCUAACAGCGCCAUUUGGCUUGUGACUAGGAAGUCACGAAAGGAGUACAGUUUCUAACACUACAUAGGUACUACUUCUAAUAAAAUCUACCUUUUCAGGAACUACAAAAAAACUUGAUUUAAGAACUACGUCAGAACUUAAUAUUCGAACUUAACUUUCUCAGAAAAUCGCCAAAGCGGCUUUUGCCGAGGCUUCAACCAACCUCUCUACUUGAAUGCCCAAAUUUGAGUUCUUAAUCUCACAACUUAAAUGAAUCUCCUCAAACCAAAACGCUUCCUUCCAAAAACCCACUCCAUUUCUCUCAUUCUACCCUACUCAUCCAAUCAACCAAUAAGAAAAACGUUCAAUCCUUCCUUCUUUCAUCAUUGACUAAUAAAAAAAUAACUAAGCUUCCUACACUUAUUAUCGACCAAUAGAGAAAAUCAAAAUAUAUUCUAAGCCCAACCUACUUGGUAGGGAAUCCUUAAAAAUCAAUUCGCAUUGCCAGCAAACCGUUCUAAUAUUCUCAAGAAAGAUAUUGGUGAGUCCACAAUUAACACCUGGCCUCUCUGAUACUGAUAUUAGCACGUAUGUGUAUCUAAACUCCAAGAUUCGUGGAGCCAGUUGAUCAUUAACUACAAUGUAACUCUUUUUUACAUCACAAACUGAACGGGCGAGAAAUUAAACACAGGAAAUCGAAUGUAGAUAUGACUACAACAUAAUAUAGCGCCUUUCUUUUAACAAAACAGAUAAACUACAAUUCCAUAUUGAAUAAUUAUUCUCACGUUUUUUUCGGAACAGAAAUAAAUUCCUUGAAUUUACUGGCAUAUUUAUGAAGCGAUAUUCUUAUGUCUACAGGGCGAGACAAAAAUGUGUUGCAGUACAUUUACGAUUUUUGGUUUCUGGAUGAGGCAAAAAAUUUGAGUUCUUUUGAACCGUUUCAUGCUUCCGCAGAAAUUGCAUCCCCCAUCAUAAUGCAAGAACUACAUGUAUAAGCACCCCGUUCUCUCCAAAGCCGCAUUUUCUUUGUCCGACUAUAGAAGCAUAUUCUGUCUCGAUUGAAAACACAACAGACCCCCAUUAUUACAACGUCUAGUUUAGGUCAAAAGUUUACCGUGGAUCGAUUUCUAUGCAUACAAAUUUUAUGUGCUCUUAUUUGUACACUUCGCGUCAUAAAUACAACUCUUUUAACCGAAAAUCGUGUUUUUCGAGUUGUGUAAGUUGGUCUUGUCAAAUGUGUCAUUCUUAUUUCUAGGGCAUCGUUGCCAGUUCUACGAAAAUAUUAUUGAACUCUUGAGCUAGGUGUCGGACAGACCAAUCAUCUUCUAUUUUAGAAAUUAUUCUCGUUUUAUGACACUUACUUAAUUGACAUGGCAUCAUUAAAAAUUUAUUUUGACCGACUUAUCAAAUGUGACUGAUGUGAAGUAAUUAAAUAAGUUAUCGAGGACUGGACCUAUUGCUUUUUAUUAUGUUUAAUCGUUUAAUUUUUCAGUUAUAAGUGGAUUUUUUAAGAUUAACUUUAUUAAUUAACCCUCUCUCUGGUUAUUAAAUUUAUAAGAUACGGUUUUUUGAUGAUAAAAAAAUACCUAUCUAAAAACUUUAUACACUUUUGAACGAUAUUUUUUUAUUUAGAUUUAGUGCAAUUCCGUUAUCUGUAAUGCCAACAACGAAGUGAUUCACGAACCAUUGUGUCAAGUCUGAACACAGGUUUACAUUGGAAAAAAAAAGUGUACCAGUCUUUUAUGACGGGAAGUGUACGAAAAAGUUUGUUCGGCAAGUUAAUUCGCCACCAUCAUCUGCAGUUGAUGACAGACUUUUGUAAUCCAUUAAAUCAUUUAGGUAAAACUGACUUAAUACAAAACUGUGAUUUUGAUAAAUAUCACCAAGAAUUCGUAUUAAGUUAAGAAAUCCUUAUAUUAGAACUAAAAAUGUUAAUUAAUUAUUUAGAUAUAACCGACUAUUUUCUUUUUUGUGAGUUGUUAAAAAGAAACUAAUUUUCCAUUAUUUUAGCAUAUCAAUAAAUCUUGUUUAAUAAAUUUGUCGUAUGUAA